AUGCUGGACCUCAUGGCGCUGGGGGCCUUGAGCUUCAAGGAGCAGUUCAUCCACCUCGGCAAGCCAGGACCACAACAAGAGCUUGAGCGCAAGCAGCUCGGCUCGCGAAAUGCUCCGCGGCAGGCGGACGCCGAAGAUAUGACAGCUGGCUUUCCGUUGGAAGACCGGGAGGCCUACAUUCAGCAGCACGUUCACCGCAAGCUCCAGCGUUAUGUGACCACCAUGAGCGACCAAGAGGUCUUCAACCUCGGCAAGCUUAGCUUCAACGAGCAGUUCCGCACGCUGAGCGUGGACGCCACCGAGGCGGACGAGGCCGACUUCGGCCAGCUGGGCCGAGCUGGCUACAUCCAGCAGCACGUCCACAGGCGCCUGCACAAUCGUGCAGCGCAGCUGAACGACAAGGACCUGCUGGAGUUGGGGAAGCUGGACUUCAAUGAGCAGUUCGUGGUGCUUCAAACCCCAGGCCCCAGGGAGACAGGGGAGGAGGAGGCGCAAGCGAUCUUCGGAGAGGCCGGCAGAGAAGGAUACUUGCAGCAGCGGGUCCACAGGAUGCUCCAUGCCCACGUAGUGCACCUCUCCAACCUGGAGCUGGUGAAGCUUGGGGAGAUGAGCUUCAGCGAGCAGUUCACCGCGUUAGGGCGUCCAGGGCCAAAGCAGAUGGACGCCAGGGCUAUGAAGUACAGGCCUGAAGCCUCCAGCGAGGCGUCCAACCUGCGAGGUUUGAGUCGCCAGGAGUUCAUGCAGCAGACGCGAGUGCAUCGCAAGCUGCAUGCGCAGGCCGCCUAUUUGAGCGACGCAGAGCUGGGAAGGCUCGGCGCGCUGAGCUUCAACGAGCAGUUCGACGCCCUGUCGGCCUUGCAGGCCCGGGAGACCUCGAAGAUCCCGUCGGGGAGGAGUGCAGCGGUGUUCGGCGGCAUGGACCGGGACACUUUCAUGCAGCAGCGCGUCCAUCGGAGACUUCACGGCAGGGCUGCGGUACUGCCUGACGAGGAGCUGGCACGGCUUGGCCAGCUCUCCUUCAAGGACCAGUUCCCUACCCUUGAGCUCCUUGAGGCAGGCUAG